GGUGAUAGGUCAGGAAGAUGGCGAUGCCCUGAGGGAGAGUCGUGCUGAAUGUGAGUGUCUUUCGGAGCUCAGUGGCUGAUCAAGUGAGCGACAGCAGCAGCAGCCGCCCCGUUGGUGUGAUUCCUCUGCCGAGGCAGUGGGACGAUGUUGAGCCGUCUCUGGGCCCGGGUCCUCCCUCAGUUCAGGCCUGCGGUUGGUUACCAGGUGAUGGGGAAGACGGUGGAGUGGCGGCGGCGGUACCCAGCAGCAGAGCGCAAGAGAUUUUAUCAGGAUGUUAGCAUUUCUCAAGGGGAAGGAGGAGCAUUUGAGAUAAACCUGGAUCGUAGAAAACUGAAGACACCUCAGGGAAAGUUGUUCACAGUCCCCAGUGAAGCUCUGGCAAUAGCUGUCGCCACAGAAUGGGACUCUCAGCGAGACACGUUGCAGUUCUUCACCAUGCAUCUGACAACCUUAUGCAACACUGCACUGGAUAAUCCCACACAAAGAACAAAAGAACAGUUGAUUAGGGCAGCUCUCAAAUACCUGGAUACAGAUACUGUCUGUUACAGAGUGGAGGAGCCAUCUGGCUUAGUAGAGCUCCAGAGAAAUGAAUGGGAUCCAGUCAUCAAAUGGAUAGAGAACAGAUAUAAUGUUGUGAUUGGCACUUCUACAAGUAUAUUGGGACCAAACAUCCCAAAGGAAACUAAGCAGACGUUUGAGCAGCACCUCUCCUCUUACAAUUUCUGGGCACUUGUAGGUCUGGAAUAUGUCAUCCAUCAGUUGAAAUCAGUUGUUCUUUCAUUAAAUCUAAUUGACCGAAACUUGGAUGUGGAGAGAGCUGUUUUGCUGUCUCGACUUGAGGAACAAUAUCAGAUUGAAAUGUGGGGAAAUAUUGAAUGGGCACAUGACUAUGAACUGUAUGAGCUUCGAUCACGCACAGCUGCUGGAACCUUGUUUGUCCAUCUGUGUUCAGAGAGUUCUACUGUCAAACACAAGUUACUGCAGGACUAAAGCAACCAAUUGUCUGUUCAGUCUUGGGUGGAUAGUUGAAAAUCUACGAUUAAAUACAAAAUAAUAAAAUGUGGUCUUUCUGUUUGAACAGCCCUAUUUGUUAAGAAUUUUUCAAGUUAAAGAAUUGUCUUUUUUUUAAAGAAAAACUGCUUGUAUUUAAUUAAAUUACUGAUUCCAUGAAAAUUUGGGGAUUAAUGAUUUGAUUUAUGUUGUAAAAACUAAACCCUAAUAUGUUGUUGUGGUUCUGUUUGCCGAGCUGGAAGUUUUUGUUGCAAACGUUUCGUCCCCUGGCUAGGCGACAUUAUCAGUGCUCUGGAGCCUCCUGCGAAGCGCUUCUUUGAUGUUUCUUCCGGUAUUUAUAGUGGUCUGUCCUUACCACUUCCGGGUGUCAGUUUGUAGGAACCGGAGUUGUUCAUAUGUGGCGCUUAGGUGGUUAGCGCAGGAUUCCCAUUUCCUGGCUUGUCUCAGCGUCUCUCGCCCGUAAGUGUUCAAGGUUUGUGCGAAGAUUUGUAGCUCGGGUGCUCGUUGUGGUUCUGUUCGCCGACACUGACACCCGGAAGCGGCAUGGACAGACCACUAUAAAUACCAGAA